GGAAGGUUGAGGUUUUAGAGGCAUUAGAGCCCAUCGUUAUGUAGAAAUUUCAUAUAUAAGUAGUUGCCUUGAUCCAAUUAACAAGUACAUCUCUGUUUGAACGUGCAACUACAAGGAUGAGUACCGCUCACGAAUCAAAAUCUCCCAUUGUCUCCGAAAUCGAGGAGAGUUCCCGCUCUCACAAUUCGUACUCAUCGCCUGAUGAUGCUUCGUAUAAUAAAAACCAAGAUAUCGAGGUGCAAAUUUCGCAAGUCUCAUCGCUCAACCAGUUGGGCUCCAAUCCUUUCUUGGACCCAAAGGUUGAGGAGCAUUACCGUGAUAUUUAUGAGGGAUCUCAAUACGAGUGCCGUCAUGAAUUCGACCCCCACUUCACAUGGUCCCCGGAGGAAGAGAAGAAGAUAGUCCGUAAGUUGGACUUCAGGGUAGCCUUGUUGGCAUGCUUCAUGUUUGUGGCGUUGCAGGUCGAUAGGGGUAACUUGGGCCAAGCAACGUCCGACGGCUUUUUGAAGGACCUCAAACUCACCACGAACGACUACAAUACCGGCAACACCAUUUUCUUGGUGGCAUUCUUGAUUGCUGAAUUGCCGUCGCAGUUAAUCUCAAAGAGAGUUGGUCCAGAUAGAUGGAUUCCUUUCCAGAUGAUUGCUUGGUCCGUUGUCGCCAUGUCCCAAGCUGCGUUGAAGGGAAAGUCUGGUUUCUACGCUACCAGAUUCUUGGUUGGUUUCUUGGAGGGUGGCUUCAUUCCAGAUAUCGUGUUAUGGUUGUCCUACUUUUACACCUCCAAAGAAUUGCCAACCAGGUUAUCGUGGUUCUGGACUACCCUUUCUUUGACAACUAUUGCUACUUCGUUGUUGGCAAGUGGAAUCUUGAGGUUGAGAGGCGUGGGUGGGUUACCAGGCUGGGCCUGGUUAUUCUUGAUCGAGGGUCUCUUCACCUUGUUCAUCGGUAUCUCGGCUAUUUUCCUCAUGGUUCCUUCUGCGGUAGAGACUAAGGCUCCCUGGAGACCAAGAGGUUGGUUCAACGAGCGCGAGAUCAAGAUUGUCGUCAACCGUGUAUUGAGAGACGAUCCUUCUAAGGGAGACAUGCAUAACAGACAGGCCAUUACUCCGAAGUUGUUAUGGAAAGGGUUCACUGAUUACGAUUUGUGGCCAGUGUACAUCAUUGGCUUUUUCGCGUACAUUCCAAUGAACACCCUUGGGUUAUACCUUUCCAUAAACUUGAGAACCUUAGGUUUCACCGUCCUCGAGACCAAUUUGUUGGGUAUUCCGCAACAAGUGCUCCACAUAGUCUUGUUGAUAAUUUAUACGUGGCUCACGGUGAGGCUUAACCUGAGAGCUUUAGUGUCCCUCUGCCAGCCAAUCUACACCGUUCCAUUAUUAGGUGUUCUUUGUUGGUGGCAGGGAGCCAUGCAUAACAAGUGGGCAACGUACGCCGUCACCUCCUUGAUUUUGGGUAAUCCAUAUAUCCAUGCAGUCUGUGUCGGUUGGUGUUCCACCAAUUCUAACUCGGUGAAGAGUAGAACAAUCUCUGCAUCCUUGUAUAAUAUCUUUUGCCAGCUCGGGGGUAUACUUUCAGCAAACAUUUACAGAACGAGUGACCUGCCGUUAUACAAGAGGGGGAAUAAGGUGUUAUUUGCUAUUGCUUUCAUCUUGGUUCCAAUUCUCCUUGGGACUAGACAAUAUUAUGUUUGGAGAAACAAACAACGUGACACCAUCUGGGACGCCAUGACUGAGGACGAAAGGAAGAGUUACAUUGAGGACAACAAGGACUUGGGUAACAAGAGAUUAGAUUUUAGAUUUGUGUAUUAGUGGCAUAAAAUCUUUCAGUGCUAGACAGAGCUGUAGAGGUCCAUAUCUCCGUAAUUCUACAAAAUUUAGCUGGAAGAAAUUUCCUAACAGAUGUAGGUCGAUAUGGGGGUGCAGACCAA